CCUUUAACUGUUUGAGAAUGCCUACUAUCAUAUUAUUGAGCAAUGUUACUCCUCAUAAGUGAUUAAAGAAACUGGUGCUGGGGGCUGAGCCACAUAUACCUCUGAUUGUCGUGUGUAUAUGUCAUGAGAUCAUACGCCAGAGACCAGAAUAAGAGUAUAUAAAAUGCUCAUGAGAUUUAUUUUUCAUUCAUAAUCUCUCUAAAGAUAGGAGUCACUCUUUGUAUUAUAAUUUUUACAUCUUUUUGAUAUUUAACAUCCUUGAAUGAACAAAUCUGUAAAAUAUCCUAAUCUUGAUGUAAUGUUGAUUGUAAUUAACAUUUUUCAUUACUAUUGCUUGCAUUUUCAGGCCAUGAAGCCAUUGAAAUAACGGUCAAUGAAGGACUUCCCGACGCUUUGCCUUCUUCUGAUGUUAUCAAUGAUACUGUUAGUAUCAGGGUUCUUGAAACCACAACAAAUCUUAUCAUAGAUAACACACCACAAGUACAAGAAAUAUCUGAAAGCAGUGUGGGAGAAGAUUCAGAUGUAGACAAAAGUAAUGUCACUGAUACGUAUAUCUUUACACCCCCAGAAGAUACGCAGAUUGAAUAUACAUCUAAUCAAUUCAUGGAAGAAUCUGCUUCAUACAAACUAUUUGAUUCGACAGAGUCCGGUAUUUAUACACCCAUAGAACAUGUCCAGAUAGAAAUUGAGGCUACUCAGAGUGAGGAAGAAUCCACAUCCAGUGAAGAAGUAAAUCUCACAGACAGUGAUGUGUGUAUAUCCACAGAACAUACACAGACAGGAUAUACAUCUGCUCAUGCUAAGAAGAUAUCCGAUACUUGUGAAGAUGAUUUCACAGAAAUCCACAUUCACACAUGCACAGACGAUAAUACACAGCUUAAAAAUCCAUCUGUUCAUUUUAAGGGAGGAUUGGCUUCACACGUAGAAGAGGACCUCACUGACACUGAAAUUGACACAACAAUGGAAAAUAGCCAGAAUGAAUUUACAGCUAUUCGUAUUAAGGAGGAACCAUUGUCAAGUGAUGAGGACUGUUUGACAGAUGACAGCAGUUGCACCCCUUCAGAAUAUAUCCAGACAAAAUAUCCUUUUACUCAUAUCAAAGGGGAAUCUGUCUCAUGUAAAGAUGGAGAUAACACAGAUGUUGACUGCAAUACACCCUCCAAACCUUCAGAGAGCGACUAUGAUUCUCUACACAUAAAGGAGGAAUCAAUCUCAUGUGAAGAAGAUAACAUGGAAGGGGAUAGCUUGAGUGAACCCAGAAAAUACAUAGUUAUUACUAAUAAAGAAUUGAUGGAAACAACCAGUGGAAACCAAGUAAUGUAUUCCAGCUUGUUAGUAGAACAGCAAAGUGACAGCAGCAAAGGUUUAAAUAAAGUAUCUUCGGAUCCCCUUCAAGAAAGCACACAUAGGAUACAGAUGUAUAAUUGCUCAGAGUGCCCAAAAUGUUUUACCAGUAGCACUGCAUUGUCAAGGCAUAAGUCAAUCCAUAGGGAAGAUAGGCUGUCUUGCUCAGAGUGUGGUAAACAUCUUUCGUCUAAAUCAAGUCUUUCCAGACAUUACAAAAGUCACACAGGGAUGGAGGUAUUCUCAUGUCCAGAAUGUGGAAAAUACUUCACUUACAGAGCAAAUCUUGUUGCACAUCAGAAAACACAUUCAGGUCAGAAGCCAUACUCCUGUUCCGAAUGUGGGAAGUGUUUUACGGUUAAAACCAGCCUUGUACGACAUCAGUUGAUUCAUACGGGAUUAAAACCAUACUUCUGCUCUGAAUGUGGGAAAUGUUUUGCACUGCAUUCAAGUCUUCUGUCUCAUCAGAAGAGACACUCUGGAGUUAAACCUUUCACGUGUUCUGAAUGUGGGAAGAGCUUUAUCCAUGUCUCUCAUCUAAUAAUUCAUCAGAGGACUCACACAGGAGAAAAGCCCUUCACAUGUUGUGAAUGUGGGAAAUCUUUCAGCGUUAACUCGCACCUCCUCGCACAUCAGAGAAGCCACACUAGAGAGAAAUCAUUUCCAUGUUCUCAGUGCGAAAAAUCGUUUGCAUCUAGUUCACGUCUUGUACAACACCAGAGAAUCCACACAGGGGAGAAGCUGUUCGCAUGCACUAAAUGUGAAAAAAGUUUUGCAUAUAAGUCAAGUCUUAACAAACAUAACUUGACUCACACUGAGAACAAAAAUUUAAGUGAAUGACUUUAAAAAUGCCUAUUCUGCUUGCUCUUGACAUGCUUUAAUUCCCUGAUGGGAUAUAAAAGCUCACUUUUUAAAAAAAGAUGUUUUUUUUUUUUUUUUUUAUAAAACAAACAAAUUUGUAUGUUUUGUGUGAUUGGAAAAAAACUAAAUAGCUUAAGUCAAAGAGCAAACUUAUACUCUAUGCAGUAGAAGUAAAUGUAUUGCUUAAUUUUCCUUCUACGAUGGUAUGGUUCUAUGAAAUAGUAGAUGAAUAAGGAUUAUUUGCUGCUUAACAGUUGUAUGUACUGUGUAUUAAAAUCCAUGUUACAAGGAGAGUGUGUAAAAAUAAAGCAUAGGCUGGGUAACUGUAUAACGUUUUAUCUUAAAGGGACAUUAUAGUCUCCAGAGCCCCACUAGCUUAGUUUUGUGGUUCUGGUGUCUAGCCUGUUCCUGCAGGCUGAGCAUUGUAAAUGCUGUCUUUUCAGUGUUUACAUGGCUGCCUAGUUACACCUCUAGUGGCAGUCACUCAGACAGCCACUAGUUGUGCUUCCUAGUCCAGUGCUGCAAGUGCAGCGCCUUCGUUCUGUGUCUCCACGCAUUGCAUGGAAGUGCUGAUCCUUCCCUAUAGAGAUGCAUUAAUUCAGUACAUCUCUAAUGAGGAGAUACUGAUUAGCGAGGGCUGUGUUUUGCUGCAAAUGCACAAUAGUCUCCCAAUGCUUUCUUAUGGGAAACCAUUGGAUUGGAUGAAAACAUCAAGAUUGAUGCUUAGCCAUGCAGGUGGAGCCAGCUACAGCAAGUCUAGCACAGCGUGGGAAAACAGGUGUGUAAAAAUGCCUUUCCCAUGUGAUUGGGGGGCGGUGCAGUAACCUAAAUAGUUACUCACUUUAGUGUUAGGGAUAUAGGUUUGUAUUCCUGACACCAUAGUGUUCCUUUAAAAUAAAAUUUUACUGUAUCAGUUAACUUGUAUUUGUUAUAUUUUCUCAUAUUUGCCUUUUCCAGAUUUCCAUUUGGCCCCCCAAAAUAUGUCAGCCACAUUUGACUAUAAAUGUAAAAUUACAUUGUGGGCAGAACUGACAAACUUAAAUAGAGCUUCAGCCUGUUUUAAACCCCACAUCCUGCUGCAGAGAUUACAACUAUGUAAGAUUUCUAUAGCUGUCGGUUGACAGGUCACGGUUAGCAAUAAAGAUGUUCUGUUUUGAAUGCAGUCCUUAGUAGUACUCUACUGCUAUUAUGCAGUUAUUCUAAACCAUGAUUUUGCAACCUCUAAAAUUCUCAUGGAACCAAUCCUAUUUGAAUUAUUUGUGUUCCUGUUCUAAAUUAGCAUAUACAUGCGAUUGCUCUGUGAUGGUGCUACAGCAAAAAUUAAAGUUUACCUGUAAAAUUGCGUACAGAGUUGGUUCAUUGAACCGUGUUGCAGGGCUUAACCCCUUUAGGGCUGGACCGUUUUGGCCAUGUAGGACAAGGGCUGUUUUAACACUUUUAUGGGAUUUGUGUUUAGCUGUAAUUUUCCUCUCUCUCAUUUACUGUUCCCAUACAAAUUAUAUAUUGUGUUUUUCCGGAAAAGAAGGGCUUUCUUCACAUAACGUUAUUUGUAUCAUGUCAUAUAAUUUACUUAAAAUAAAAUAUGGUGAAAAAUUAUUUUUAAAAAAA